AUGGUGUACCAACAGAGGAUUCAGGUCGGUCCGUCUAGAAGCAGAGUUAUCAAGAGUAGCGGCACCCAACGAAGGAUCGCGACUGCUCAGGACGAGGAGUUACGGUGGGCGAAUUUGAAGACAGUUCUCCGUGGGGAAGAAUCAACCCUAACGUACCGUGCAGAGAGAGACGCAUGGAAAAUGUCCGAUCACUUCGUCCUAAGUGAGGACGAUGUACUCUACUAUGUGGGAACGAGGCAUCUGAGGAGUGACCAACAGCAAGGAGACGCGAUGCUGCGUCUAGUGGUACCCUCAACGAUGAUUCAAGAGGUACUGCAGAACUGCCACGACUCGUUAGAAGGAGGCCAUCAAGGGAUCGCUCGGACUUUCAACAGAGUGAAGUUGGAUUAUUACUGGAUCGGUCUAUACUCAGACGUGGCGAGACACGUGCGGUGCUGUCCCGACUGUAGCUCAAGCAAAAGCCGACCGAAGAUCCGUGGAUACUCUCCGGGGAACAUACUAGCGGAACGACCGUUUCAGGUUGUUUCGAUGGAUUUUGUGAUACCCUUACCGAAAUCUCGGCGGGGUAAUACAGCGCUCUUACUAUUCCAAUGCACAUUCACAGGGUAUGUGAUGGGCAAAACCAUGGCAGACACGACUGCUCUGAGAGUAGCUCAAGCUUUGAAGAAU